UAUUUUUGUAUCAAAGUAGUAUGCAGUAUGUACCUACUGAAUAAAAAAAUAAUUGUUAUAAUUCUCUUUUAAGUGUGCCUGUAGCUUGUUUUGGUAUAAAGUCUUCCAAGAGUGUAAAUAAACAUGAUGAUAUCGCGGUCUAAGCAUCGCUCAUCGGUGGAAGUGUGCUCGGACUGCGGGGCAUCGGAUCCGUCGUGGGCGUCGAUUAACCGUGGGUUAUUGUUAUGCGCGGAGUGCUGCAGCGUUCACAGGAGCAUGGGAAGGCACAUUUCUCACGUGAAAUCUUUACGGCAAGGAUCGUGGCCUCCUUCGCUCUUAUCUAUGGUGCAAGCGUUGACUGCUCAGAAUGUGAACAGUAUAUGGGAACAUUCCUUGCUUGAUACUUCAGCUCCUAAGCAUUUGAGGAAGAAGCCACAACCUAAAGAUCCACUUCACCCGAUAAAGUCUGAGUUUAUAUUGGCUAAGCACCUGCGACUGGCCUAUGUAUUGAGAGCUAGACGAGAUGAGCCCCCCAGUGAGCUGGGCAGGCAACUGCACAGUGCUGUGAGGAGUUCCUCCCUCGACACAGCCAUGAGGCUGCUGGCUCAGGGAGCAGACCCUAAUUAUUAUAAUCAGGAGAAAGGCAGCACAUGUUUACAUGUGGCGUGCAGGGCGGGGCAGCCCGCGCAGGCGGAGCUGCUGGUGGCGUGGGGCGCGGAGCCCACCGCGCGCGACAGCGGGGGCAACACGCCGGCCGAUUGUGCAAGGCAAGGCGGUCACACGGAGCUGGCAGACAGACUGACAGAGCUGGUGUACGAAGCGACGGAUAGAAUGAUCCACUUCCUGACGGGUGAACGGCCAGACCACGCGGCGGGCCGACAUUAUAUCGUGCCGCGCGCGCACGACACACACGAGAUGACGGACGUGGCCAAGGCGGCGCGCGGGAAACUACAGCUGUUACCGAAUCACCUAUUUGAGGAGCUCGUGAUGGAUAUCUAUGACGAGAUAGAUCGGCGAGAAACUGAAGCGAUUUGGCAAACCAGUGCGACCGGGUUAGAGCGGUGUGGAGUGGCGUUUCUUCCAGUGAACCCUGCGUUAUCGGCGCCAAGGAACCAAGGACGACAGAAAUUGGCGCGGCUGUCGGCGCCCGAAUUAGCCACGUUACUGAGAGAUGUUCUAUUGGAUGCUACCAGGAGACAAAGGAUAGCGUCCUUACAACCUAGAGGUCUUGCAGGCCCCAUGAACCCGCUGCUGGCGGCGAGUCACCUGAAGCACUUCUCGCAGAUGUCGGACGACGAGCCUCUGUACGACUCUGUCGCGUCGGAUGAAGACUACGCUGCGUUAGCGCCCAUCGAGCUCGAUAUAUCCAGCCUGGACCCGCGGGCGGGCGAAACCGUAUCAUCCACAUACAACCCAUCGCUUCCCACUGAGCACUCCGUAGACACACCCCGAACACAUUCACCCAGCCCCGCGCACGCGCCCGAACGAAAACAAGAGAUCGAAACGCUCAAACAGGAACUAGACAACCGAGACUCCACUAUAACAGAGUUAAAGAACCAAUUGAAAAACCUUCAAACUAUAGUCGAACAACUAACGAAAGAAAACAGUGCAUUGAAAACGAGCAGUGUCGACGAUGACCACAGCAUGACGUCACAAAACUCCAUAAACGAAAGCAACAACACGCUAGAUCUAACCCCGCAAGAGAGGGGCAGGAGUUUAGAGACGGAUCAGCUCGCCUUGGCUGAGGACAUCGAGGUGAGGCAAGCGAAGGCGGCCCAGCGACCGGUCAGUAUGUUUGAGCCUAGGGAGGGACCAAAGAAUAACUGGCAGGUUACUAAACACCAGCUCACAAGCAUACCCGGUCUCGAACGAUCGUUAACUCAAAGCGCGCUAGAGGGCGGAGUCUCCAGCGUUUCCGAUGAUGGUGCCUCGGGCUCCGGCGCGGGCUUCACCGGUGCGGGCGAAGGUCUAGAGGUGCAAAAACGCGCUGAAGCAGUCACCAGAUGCAUCCAAGAUCUAUGGGCGGCUGCCAGGUUACACCGAACCAAGCUGCCUGAAUGUGCCGAUUCUAUUCAACGGACUGUGUCUGCUUUACUGGCAUUAUUCCCACAGACGUGUACAGACGCAGCACUACAACAAGUCAUAAUCGAUCUGCGCAACGCCAGCGAGGAAGUGAUAGUGGCGUGUUCCACCAGGGCGCCGCUCGACCAGGUCAGAAAUGCGGCCUACGACCUGGCCAAGGCGACCAAGCUCCUGGUGACCCACUUCCAGCCCUCCUAGCGACUCCCCCGCUACACCACCGUGUAGUAUAAAGCCUCCAGGCUGCUGCUCUUCCUGAACUGCUGUGUUAGACUCUUGAAGAAAUAAGUGUUAAUGUGUUAUGGUGAUCAGAACAAUAACUCACCUGGCAAAGGUGACCCCAAGUUGUUUGUUACACACUUCCAAGUUCCAGCCCUGCUGGUGACUUACCCAUUACAUCUCCAUGUAGUAUAAACCUUCCAGGCUGCAGGUUAGACUCUUGAAGAAACAAGUGUUAAUGUGUUAUGGUGAUCAGAACAAUAACUCACCUGGCAAAGGUGACCCAAGUUGUUUGUUACACACUUCCAAGUUCCAGCCCUGCUGGUGACCUCCCCAUUACAUCUCCAUGUAGUAUAAACCUUCCAGGCUGCAUGUUAGACUCUUGAAGAAACAAAUGUUAAUGUGUUAUCGUGAUCAGAACAAUAACUCACCUGUUGA